GCUAAGAAUUACUGUGGAUAGAAUUUCUGAUAGAAGAGUUUGGGGCCUUAAUUAAUCUUGAAACCGACCCAAACCAUUGGAAUCAAUCAUUCUGACUCAUUUCUCCCUCCUCGCUUUCUUUUCUCACGCCAUUCUCUCUUCCUCCUGAGCUUGCAGGAGAAAAUGGCCUGGGUUUCAUGGCUUCCUUCUAUGCUGCUCCUCUUCCCCAUAUUUGCUUCCACAGCAGUAUUCUCCCUACCAGCCUUCUUUCCAAGAGCACCCCUACAAUCUCUUACCCAGAGAGCCCAAACACUGAAAGAUCCCAAGCUCCCCUUCACCACCCACUUCUUCCCUCAGCAGCUUGACCACUUCACCUUCCAGCCGAAGGCGUACAAGGUCUUCUCCCAGAAGUACCUCAUGAACUCAACCUACUGGGAUCAAGGCCCCAACCACACUGCCCCAAUCUUCGUCUACACCGGGAACGAAGGCAAUAUCGAAUGGUUCGCAGAGAACACCGGAUUCAUGCUCGAUAUCGCACCCAAGUUUCAUGCUCUGCUUGUCUUCAUUGAGCAUAGGUUUUAUGGGGAGUCGAUGCCAUUUGGGAAGGAAUCCUACGAAUCCGCAGAGACACUGGGAUAUCUAACUUCGACACAAGCACUGGCAGAUUACGCAGUACUUAUCAGAAGCUUGAAGCAAAACUUAUCCGCAGAGGCAUCUCCAGUUGUGGUUUUUGGUGGCUCCUAUGGUGGAAUGUUGGCAGCAUGGUUCAGGCUAAAAUAUCCCCACAUAGCUAUUGGGGCCUUGGCAUCAUCUGCUCCUAUCCUGGAGUUCGAUACCAUAACCCCAUGGAGUAGUUUCUAUGAUGCUGUUUCCGAGGACUACAAGGAUGAGAGCAUGAACUGCUUUGAGGUAAUCAAAGAAAGCUGGAAUGAGUUGAUGGCAGUGGCAGCUCGGAAAGGAGGGAUGUUGGAACUUAGCAAGACCUUCAGAGCUUGCAAGAGUCUUCAAUCUGUUUAUUCUGUUCAUGAUUGGUUAUGGACGGCAUUUGUAUAUACAGCAAUGGUUGAUUAUCCAACUGCAGCUGAUUUCUUGAUGCCUUUACCUGCUUAUCCCAUUAAAGAGAUGUGCAGGAUUAUCGAUGGAUUCCCGCAAGGGGAAAGCAAACUUACCAAGGUGUUUUCAGCUGCAAACUUGUAUUACAACUAUUCUGGUAAUAAAUCAUGCUUUGAUAUAGAAAAUGGAACUGAUCCUCAUGGUCUCCAUGGAUGGGAUUGGCAGGCAUGCACAGAGAUGGUCAUGCCGAUGACAUGCUCUAAUGAAAGCAUGUUCCCAUCAUCGAGCUAUGAUUAUAAUGAAUUCGGAGAUGAAUGCAUGGCAAAGUAUGGAGUUCGACCAAGACCCCAUUGGAUCACUACAGAAUAUGGUGGCAAUAGAAUUGAUGCAGUACUUAAGAGGUUUGGAAGCAACAUCAUUUUCUCUAAUGGAAUGAGAGAUCCUUGGAGCAGAGGAGGGGUACUCAGAAACAUAUCAUCUAGCAUCAUAGCCCUGGUAACCGAGAAAGGAGCUCAUCAUCUAGAUCUCCGAUUUGCCACAAAAGAUGAUCCAAAAUGGCUUUUAGAGCAAAGGAAACAAGAAAUUGACAUCAUCCAAUCUUGGAUAGAUUAGUAUCAUAUAGAUUUCAAGGAAUGAUCAAUGAUCAUAUAGAUUUCAAGGAAUAUUUAAUGAUUCAAGUGCCAUUGAAGCAUUAAGAUGCAAAUAUUUGAAUAGGACAGAAUACAUGAAAAUUUCUACUUUUUGUAAGUCCUAAAAAGAAUAUACAGGUGAUAUGAGAUUUCAACUGUAAUAAUUUUCCACAGAAACUGGUUACAUGAGAUAUUUCCAGCUUUGAGAUUGAACUGAUUACCAGCAGUCAAAUUUGAUAUAUCAUGCAGGCUACGUUUAA